AUGUUGACGGGCUUGAUCUUCUAUCCUUCUUUGGGUUAUAAUUUGUUCAGGAAUUAUGUUCAGCCGAAAAAAUGGGCGUGGUAUAAUAGGGUUGGUUUCUUUUUGACACGUGGUUUUUGUUUUCCCCAAAAAUCCAGAAUCAUGUUUUUCUAGGUUGACGAUACAUUGAUUCUUGGAGCAAUGCCUUUUCAAUCGAUGAAAAACGAAUUAAUAAAUGUUGAAAAUGUUGGUGGAAUUGUUUGUUGUACAGAAGAAUUUGAAUUGAAAGCUGCUUAUCAAUCGAUGCAAGAAGAGGUUAGAACAAUUUGGGGUUUUCUGUUGGAAAAUUGAAACUUGUGGAUUUUUAGGAACUAGAAAACAGAUAGAAAAACGAACAUUUUCGGAAAAUAUCUUUCCAGAAAUUAUGUGUGAAAGUUGGUUUAAUAAUCAUACUGUACUUUUCAAAAUUGUUUGUUAUCUUGAAUUUUUUAAAAAAGAAAAUAUUCGAUUUGUAAGCGCCCCAAUUUUUUCCGAGAAAAUCGAAUUUCUGAUGAAAUGUUGAUUUUUGUGAAUAUUCAAUUCUAAAUCUGAUUUUUGAUGUCUUGAAAUUACAAAUUUGCAAGUUUCCCAAGGGUUAAAAAUUUCAAGAAUUUGGAAAGUCUCAUUGAAUCGAUAAAUCGACAUUGUUUUGAUUAGAUUCAAAAAGAUUAUGACGAGGUAGAAAGAAACUACAGUUCUGAUUUGAAACGUUUUUCGCAAAUCAAGAAAUUGCUAAAUUUCGUUUAAAUUGCAUUUUAAAUUUUUCAGGACUGGAAAAAAGAGGGUGUCGAAUUCCACGCAAUUCCAAUGCACGAUUUUACUGGAACAGCAGGUCGACCACAAAUUCACGAAGCUGUUCAAUUUAUUGAAAACGUGGCUGCCAAAGGAAAAACUGUAUAUGUUCAUUGCAAGGUAUUUUUCAACAUUUUUGUUAAGUUUAUUUCAUUUUUUAAAAUACAAUUUCAGGCUGGUCGUACACGCAGUGCUACUGUAGCCACGUGUUAUCUAAUGAAAUCACGAAAUUGGAUGUCGAAUGUGGCCUUCGAAUUUUUGAAAGAUAAACGACAUCAAGUGCUAUUGAGAAAUGCACAUUGGAGAACAGUUAAUGAAUAUCGAAGAUAUUUAGAUUCCGAGUCGAGUUCCACCAACUCAGCUUCAUAA